UUAGCAAAAUCAUUGCAGGUAAUGGGAUCAAAAGAGGGACAACUCACAGCAAACACAAUUCACUUGCCAAAUUCAGAAUAUCAAAGUGUCCAUCAAUUCCAAAUCCAACUACUGAUUAUUGUAAAAUCUUUACUACCGAUACUCCCAAAAGAAUCUAAAGUAGAUCAUUCUGAGAUUUAGAAAUCGGAAAAUGGCGGCGCCAUCAAAGGGCAAAGUGUGGAGCUGGAGGAUACCUAGGUUCUUGGGUCCAUGGAACACAACUUCCUUUUGUUUUUACUAAUUUCUUUUUGGAUAACCUGCGUUUUCCCUUCAAUUUUUAUGCAGCUGAUGAGAAGAACAAGCUUGAAAAGGCAUCUGAAAUUAACUUGUCAAAGCGGACUUGCUGGACUACAGCUCUCUCUCUCUUCAGCUAUUCAAGGUUGCAAUGGAGUUUUUCAUGUUGCUAGCCCUCUUCCAUCCAUUAUUCAGAACCAUGAGGUGGAAGUGCUUGAUCCAGCUAUUAGAGGAACGCUAAAUGUGCUUAAAGCAUGUGCUGAUGCAAAGUCCACAAUCAAUGCAAGUACCCAGGUCCUCAUCAAGCUUCUGAAAGAAGGAUAUGAGUUCUUGGAGAAUAAGUUUCAGCAGAUGGCAGAUGUACGCAAUGUAGCUGAAGCACCGCUUUUGGUAUAUGAGAAGCCUGAGGCUGAAGGGAGAUACAUAUGCUCGGCACAUGCGAUCAGGACAAGUGACAUAGUCAAUAAGUUAAGGAGGGAGCAUAUAUCCUAAUUUCAAUUUUCCUAAAAGG